AUGUCAAGUUGCACAGGCAUUGGUACAGGUGCUGGCUCAUCAAUUUUUGGCUUCCUGACCAGAAGCACCACUUCAGAGGACCGGACCACUGUAUUUGCUGCUGUCAUGGCUUGUAGACAGGCUGGCCUUCUAGUUGGUCCUGCAUUAAACAUCUUUCUGAGACUCUGUGACUUCCAUAUUGGUCCUUUUAUUGUCAGCAAAUAUACUGCGCCAGGGCUGUUUAUGUUUCUGUUGUGGAUUAUCCUUCAACUGGCAGUGGUCUUCAUGUACUGGGACUUGCCACCUAUGGAAAGAAGGAUUUCAAACCCCCAUGAAGGAGAGAACAUACCAGGCCCUAGCGAAGAGGAAGUYGAGGAGGAGGUCAUGCCGCUAAUGACCUCCCAGGAGCUUGUGGGCUCCUACGGCUCUGUGACGACAUCCAGCAUGUGCAAAGGCCACAGAUCGGCUGAACCCAACGACUCGCCGGUUGAAUCUCCUGUGGCAUCGCCAACCCAUGAGCUCCCCACUCGUGUCAGGAUUUCCAUCACAUGCCAAGAGUUCCUGAGGGAAGAAGUGGUUGUUCUGCUGGCUGCUCAAUUCAUCACCCUUUUCAAUCAGACUGCGCUGGAGGUGCACAUACUUAUUCAUAUACAAUGGUCAUGUGACUUUAGCACUAAAACAAGUUCUUGUUCUCAGAGUACAAGAAACAUGAUGUGAAACUAGAAGUUACCAAAAUGUCU